AUGACUGCAAGAAACUUCCCAUAGUCAUAAUUUGAUGAUGAUCUUGAGAGAGCAGAUAAAAUGAUGUCUAAAGUCUUGUUUGAAUAAACUGAGUCAAAUAUAGACUUUGAGUUGAUGAAGAAAAUUCACACCUAAUGCCAGCUAGAAGAGAACCCGUAAAAUAGGACUAAGAUAAUUAACCCUUGCUUUAAUCAUCCACUCAGACCAAUUAAGUUUAUUUGUAGAGAUGACUAAAAUGGGUUAUGCUCUGAAUGCAUGAUUGAGCAUUUUGCUAAGGAUCAUAAUCUCAUUUCGAUUGAAGACUAAAUAAAGCACGUCUAAACAGUACUGCUAAAUCUUGAGUAAAAUCUAUAAGAGAUCCUUAAAUCAAAGAGCAAUAUUCUUAAGAAGCACGAAGUUUAAAUUGACUACUUAAAUAACUCUAAAAAGAACUUCUUAGCAGAGUAGAAGUAAAAAAUAGAGUCCUUAAAGAAGUACCUUGAUGACAGAUAUCUACAUAUAGUAUGCUAAUAUAACAUUGCAUAUGAAAAAGAUCUCGUUUUUAAUAAGAAUAAGAUUGAAUAUGUGAGCGAAAAAAUUCAUGAAAAUAUGCAGUAUAUUAAGAAAAUUUAGGGCCUUAGAGAGGAAUUUAUAGCAUUAGCUAAUCCUGAGGUUAGUUAAAACUAUUUAGAAUCAAUUGAGAGCAAGAUCAUUAAGAAUUUUGUAAAGACUGGAAAAUUUCUGGAUUAUUACAACCAUAUAAAAGAGAAAAAUGCGAACAAACUAUAAAAAGAGUUUAAAAAGGUGUUCCCAACACAUGCAUAGAAUAGCAUGAAGUUCUUGAGCCUCGAUGUUGAAAGAGAGAUAUCUAUACUUACAAAGAAAUUCAAAGAUCUAAACUUUAAGCAAGAGUCUGCAAAUUAACUUUUAUAAAAAUACAAUAGACCUGAGAAUAAUGACCCAGCUGAAGAAGAACAAAAAAGAUCCUAGAAAAUAUCAAUUCCUAGAUGGUUCUCUAAGAAAGUAGCAGAAUUUGACUUCGAGAAAGACACAUGGUAAUCUUCUUAAAUCAAGAACCUUGACUUGCCCAUCUUUCCAUUUUCAUCAAUUACAUAUUCUGGUGAAAUGAACGAAUUCUUUGUCCUUGGAGGUUAUAACAACAAAGUUUAGGGCAAAUCUACUUUUAGCAGCAGAGUGUUUAGGAUUCAAGAAGAGCAGGUCAAUCCUUUUGAAUCUGUUUAUACAGCUUAAUUCUUAACUCCAAUGAGGAAACAAAGAGGAUGCUUCCCAACUUCUAUCAUAAUCACGAGAAAGUACAAAGUAAGAACGGAUAAUCCAAAAGUUAUGGUCAAUGAAGAGGAAGAAGAUUUAGACGACUCGACAGAUAGCAAAAAGGCAUACAAGGAUAUUUUUGAGGGUUUUGUAUAUGCUAUUGGCGGAAAGACAAGGGAGGAUAAAAUAUUAAAGCACUGUGAGAGGUAUGACCUUGCCAAAGAGCAAUGGAAUUAAAUUGCAUCUCUUAAUGAAAGCAGAAUGAAUAGCAGUGCUUGUGCUUUCUCUAAAGAGGAGGGUAUUUAUGUUUUUGGAGGUGAAGACCUAGAGGGAUAUUACAUGUCAUCUAUUGAGCAAUAUUCACUCAAAGAAAAUAAAUGGGCUUUGCUAGAAUUGUAGAUUCCAAUUCCUGUUUCAUGCCAAGUAUCCUAUAAAGUCAGCAAGAGAAAAAUUUUGCUUUUAGGUGGACUGAAAUUGGUGGAAACCAGUACUGGCUUUGCAAACAAAACAGUCUCAAGUGAUGUGUUCUCUUUCAAUGUCAACUUGGGAGUUCUCAGAUAAGUUAAAGAUAUGAGCUUGAGAGAACCUGUAAUGUCUCUAUAUCCUUGUUUCUAAGUUUAGGAUGGAAACUAUGGAAAUCUUUUAAGAUCAAGUCAUGUCAACACUAGCAGACCAGAAACUAGAGCAGAAGCUAAUAAAGGGCCAGCCUCGAAUGGACAAAGUGGACCUACUAUGGCAAAGGAAGAAAAUGAAGCAUGCAUCUUUUUGAUUAAUGAAGGCAAGCCUGAUUCAAAUCCUUCUAUAAUUCCAUUCUCAAUAAAGAGCUUCUUACCUGGUGGGGAAAAUUAUUGA